CAUUCAUCCUCGUUGACACUUUCCAAAUCCAUGCCGAGACGGCGAUAGGUGAGGCUUUCUGCCCCGUGAAAGACGUAAGAUGGCGACUAUAAGAGCGCCGAAAGUGGACAAUAUCCACGAAGUAUGGGCGGAUAAUCUAGAAUCAGAAUUCGCAGCGAUGCGGAACCUGAUAGAUCAAUAUCCUUACGUCUCAAUGGAUACCGAGUUCCCUGGAAUCGUCGCGAGACCCAUAGGCGAUUUUAAGACGGGAUCAGACUAUCAUUAUCAGACGAUGAGAUGCAAUGUCGACAUGUUACGGAUCAUCCAACUGGGUAUAACACUAUGUGAUGAGGAUGGCAACUCGCCAGAGGUCUCGACAUGGCAAUUCAACUUUUCAUUCAAUCUCAGCGACGACAUGUACGCACCUGACUCUAUCGAGCUGCUUAAAGCUUCUGGAAUAGAUUUCAAAAGGAAUGAAGAGGAUGGCAUAGACGUGGAAUACUUUGGAGAAUUACUCGUGACAUCCGGAUUGGUCCUGUUUGAUCAUGUCAAAUGGAUCUCAUUCCAUUCUGGAUAUGACUUUGGUUACCUGCUCAAAAUCCUCACCUGCGAACCUCUGCCUCCCAAUGAACUGGACUUCUUUCACCUUUUGUUGAUUUGGUUCCCGUGCCUGUACGAUAUAAAACACAUUGUCCGGUCCAUCAAGACUUUACGGGGAGGUCUACAGGAAAUGGCAGAGUCUCUAGGGGUACAACGUAUAGGCCCUCAACAUCAAGCUGGAUCAGAUUCCCUGCUCACAGCCGCAGUCUUUUUCCGGAUCCGACAUAACUACUUUGAUGACAAGUUAGAUGACGACUACUACAAAAACUAUAUUUACGGUUUCUCUUCUGGUCGUCAUGCGCCUGGCGGUAAAAUCUCACCACCACAGGAGAGAUGAAAGGUAGCAGUUACAGAGGCUAGACUCGUGGCGGAUAGUAGCCAGUGUAAAUUAGACACAUGUAGGAUCUAUCAAGGGGAUGUACAUCAUGU